AUGCCGUCUCUCGAAGACCUUCGGAUCAUUCUUUCUGUGUUGAGGGAAAACUAUUGGCCUUACGUCGCUCGCGUACUCGAGAAUUCAGCUAGUAGUCCGCUAUUCGACCUUGUUAACCCCAACUACCUGACUCUCCCUACAUCCUCCAAAGACCUGCAACAGCGCAUCAGGUAUAAUUUCAUUCGAUUUCACGCCGCCUACAUCGUCAUUGUUACUUUCGGUCUCUUUGCCAAGCACUGGCAUGUAGCUGCUGCUGCGACGAUGAUCCACAAGCUAGGCACUUUUAUGACCAGUUUUGGUCGUGGAGACGCUUCUCUGCAGGCCGACACUGAUCAGAGUGGAAUUCCCAGAUAUGCACAUAAUCUCGUGCGUGGUAUCUGGCUUUCAUCAUGCCUGUGGUUUUUUUCGUCAUUGUACAGCAUGAUGACUACUACGCUGCAAUUUGCGAUGGUAUUUGCGGUUCACGCGGUGAUGCUGAACUCGAAGGCAAGGCUGGUGGAGAAGCAGUCUUGA